AUGUCUUCUCGUGCCUCUUUAAUCUAUCUUAUUUUCCUUUUCUCCUUCAUCACUAUAUUCAGAGCCUCUGCUCAAAAUCCUAAUUACAUAUACCACAACUGUCCCAACACAACAACGGCAACGGCAACGGCGACGCCAACAUAUUCAAAAAACAGCACUUACUUCACCAAUCUCAAAACCCUUUUGUCUUCCCUCUCUUCACCCAAGGCUUCAUACUCGACCGGAUUUCAAAAUGCCACGGCCGGACAAGCCCCCGAUAGAGUCACCGGACUCUUUCUUUGCCGCGGAGAUUACUCCCCGGAAGUUUGCAGCAGCUGCGUUGCCUUUUCGGUCCAAGAAUCGUUAAGAUUAUGUCCUAACGUGAGAGAGGUCGUGCUCUAUUACGAUGAGUGUAUGCUCAGAUAUUCUAACCGGAAUAUUCUUUCCAUCUCUAUGACCUAUGGAGAUUAUACACAAAGAAACCCAAAAGAUAUUCCCACAAACGAACAAGGCCGGUUCAAAGACGUGAUCUUGUCCACGAUGAACGAAGCCACCAAGGAAGCCCUAGCCAGCCCAAGAAAAUUUGAUGCGAGAAAAGCUAAUUAUUCUGCAUUCCAGGUUUUGUACGUACUGCUUCAGUGCACUCCUGAUCUGACAACACAAGACUGUUUUAGUUGUCUGCAAUUUAGCAUCAGUCAAUUACCUUUUACAAAUAUCGGGGGAAGACUUCUUGUCCCGAGCUGUAAUUCAAGAUACGAGCUUUACCCUUUUUACAACGAAUCAUCCAUAAAUAUACCAUCGCCACUGAUAUCUCAACCACCAACAGUUUCUAUUCCUCCGGUGUCAGCUAUUCCUCCUCCUCCUCCUCCACAGCCUGGAAAACGUGGGAGUUCAACUUUGUUAAUGGUAGCCAUUAUUGGAUCUAUAAUAGUGGUGGCUGUUCUGCUUCUCAUUGCUGGUUAUUGUUUUUUUACAAAGAAGGUGAAGAAGACUAAUGAGACUGCACCCACAUUUGAUGGUAAAGAUUCAAUUAAUAGGUUUGACAUAAUUAUGUCAUCUACUAAGACUUCUAUUGUGCUAAUAGGAGAUGAUAUGACAACCAUAGAUUCAUUGCAACUUGAUUAUAGAACAAUUCGAGCUGCAACAAAUGAUUAUUCAGACCGUAAUAAGAUCGGUGAAGGCGGAUUUGGUGAGGUGUAUAAGGGUAUAUUAACUAAUGGGACUGAAGUUGCGGUGAAGAGGUUGUCAAAAACUUCGAGGCAAGGCGAAACAGAGUUCAAGAACGAGGUUGUUGUUGUUGCGAAACUUCAACAUAGAAAUUUGGUUAGGCUUUUGGGAUUUUCUCUAGAGCGAGAAGAAAGGAUAUUGGUCUACGAGUAUGUGCCCAACAAGAGCCUUGAUUACUUCCUCUUUGACCCUACAAAGCAAGGUCAGCUGGACUGGGCUCGACGAUACAAGAUCAUUGGAGGAAUUGCUCGGGGGAUUCUAUAUCUUCAUCAAGAUUCACGGCUCACUAUCAUACACCGUGACCUCAAAGCGAGUAACAUUCUUCUGGAUGGGGAUAUGAAUCCGAAAAUUGCUGAUUUUGGAAUGGCAAGGAUCUUUGGAAUGGACCAAACCCAAGAGAACACAAGCAGAAUUGUUGGUACCUACGGUUACAUGUCUCCUGAAUAUGCUAUGCAUGGCAAGUUCUCAAUGAAAUCUGAUGUCUAUAGCUUCGGAGUGUUAGUUCUUGAACUUAUAAGCGGUAGGAAGAAUAGAAGCUUCGACGAGACAGACAUCGCACAUAACUUGGUCACAUAUGCUUGGAGGCUUUGGAAUAACGGAACAGCACUAGAUCUCGUGGAUCCAGUUAUUGCAGAUAACUACCAGAAGAGUGAAGUGGUUCGGUGCAUCCAUAUCGGUCUGUUAUGCGUUCAAGAAGAUCCUGUUGAACGUCCAAUCUUGUCAACCAUCUACGCGAUGCUUACUAGUAAUACUGUGAUAUUACCGGUACCACAACAGCCAGGGUUUUUCGUUCAGAAUGGACCUAAAAAAGAGAAGCUUGAUUCAAAUCAAUCUACGACUAGCAAGUCUAUUGUAGCUUCUGUUGGCGAUGUCUCGGUAACCGAUUUAUAUCCACGUUGA